AGGAGAAGGUUCCCUCGACCAUAAGAUCUCGGUUUUAUUCACUACGCCACGUCGCCUCAUCAUAUAUCUACCUCAACAUCGCUUUACCUUGGUAUUUACCUACAAUUCCUCUAGAUUCCAAGAGCGAACGAGAACAGGCGUCUUGUUCCUCCCACCAUCUCACACACACCAUGCGCGUCUCAGCAGCACUCGCGACAGCCCUAUUAUUCGCCGUCGGCGGCGUCUCAACUCCCGUACAGCCCCUAGGCAGCACCUUAGACAUAAGCGACUCGGCAGACAGCGCAUAUGCAGGGUACGGAGAGUUUGUAUCGCUUACAGGGUAUGCAGUCUCGGGCGAUAUUCCCCAUGGCCCUACCCUCUAUGAGUUUCCCUCUGUCGAUCGACGCGGGUGGCCGCCGAAUGAUCCUAUUGACCAUAACAGUUACUGUAGGAGAGACCUCUCGCCCGGGACGAACCUGACAGAGGCGGAGCAGAAGCCCCUGAUGGAAUGCUUCGAUAAUAUGGUCCAAGGAGGCGACUGGGUGCCGGACUGGACCCUGUGCAAUCAUACCCAGCGCUACUUUACGGCUUGGGGUCUCUGGUGGAAAAACCCGGGCGAUUGCUAUAACGCUUGCAAGAGGUGCUUCGUUGGCGCUGUCCUCGGCAACGCCGCCAACUGGUACUGCUUCCAGACUGCCGGGUUCAUGGCUCAGUGCAACAUCAGGUACAUGCAGUGAAGGAGUUGUUGGGGUUAUAUAAGAAGACAUCUAGAGCAAAGGACGUUCCUAGUCCGUCUAGUUGCUAGUGUCUACCAUCUAGGCUUAAGAGUGUCUUGCGGAAUACUGAGGUUGUGUCUAUGUCUUUUAGGCCUACCUCGUGAUGACUUCUGCGUAUGGAUUGGAGCGAAAGCACUGGAACUAGGUAGUUUCGCAUCUUUUCGGCCUUCGAGCGCCGCGUUUUAGUAUGAGA